AGCGGCGCCCGCGGGCCUACCGGACGAACCAGUAAUCGCAUCACUCUCAGUUCGAAGCACGCGAAGCGCAGCGCGCGCGAUACCGCCGCAAAGACCCAAAAAUAGCUUCUGGCAGGCAUGGCCGAACUCCUCCCCACGUCGACGGGCCGCGCCCAGCUCGACGCGCUGCGGACCUACGAGGAGCACGCGGCCAAGGGCGACGCGCACGGCGCGUUCAACUGUAGCGUCUGCUACGCGCGGGGCCUCGGCUGUUCCAGAGAUCGGGACAAGGCGUUGCGGUUCUUGAGGCAGGCCGCCGACGGCGGCCUGCCGCAAGCCCAAGCCCAACUGGCCUAUUUGUACUCGACGGGGCGCGGCGGCAUCGACGGGAAGGACGACGCCGAGGCCGAGCGCUGGUGGCGCCUCGCGGCGGCCCAAGGCGACCACGACGCCGUGUCGCGCCUGCAGAAGCGCGGGAUCGCCGUGGCGCGCCGCGCGUCGCCGCCGCCGCCGCCGCCCGAGCGGUCGCGCCUCGCGAUACUCUUCGACGACUUCUGCGUCGGCCCCUGCGCCGUUUUUUUGGGGAAGCUGCGCGGCGGCACUCCUCCGAGCGACCUCGCGGACCCGCUCCUCGAGGAGCCCGUUUCGACCGAACCCGAAUACGAGAUCUGAUCCUCUCCCUGUCUUUUGAUGUCGAAU